AUGGCCUUGCUGGCGAUGCAGCCCCCCGGGAGGUCCCGCAGGACUCCCCCCCACGGCAGCCUUCUGCUCCUGCUCUUCAGCCUGGGGUGGGCGCAGCCCUGGCGGGCCCAGGCCCGAGAGACAGGACAGGAGGCUGCGCUCCGGGACCGGGUUUUGACCAACGCAUCCAGCUUCGACAGCCUCCCCCCAGACCUCCUCCUUGGCUUCACGUGCGCCGAGGUGUCCGGCCUGAGCAUGGAGCGUGUCCAGGAGCUGGCCGUGGCCGUGGGGCGGAAGAAUGUCACACUCCGAGUAGAUCAGCUGCGCUGCCUGGCGCACAGCCUCUCUGCCCACCGCCUGCCGGAGGAUCUGGACGCCUUCCCGCCGGACCUCCUGCUGUUCCUCAACCCGGCCGGGCUCUCAGGGCCCCAGGCCUGCGCCCGUUUCCUCUCCCGCGUCUCCGAGGCCAACCUGGAUGUGCUCCCGCGGACGGCUCCCGAGCGGCGGCAGCUGCUGGCCGCAGCUCUGGCCUGCCGGGGCGUGCGGGGGUCCCGGCUGAGUGCAGCUGACGUGCUGGCGCUGGGAGGCCUGGCCUGCGACCUGCCUGGGUGCUUCGUGGCCGACUCGGCGGCCGCCCUCCUGCCCCGGCUGGCCAUCUGCCCCGGACCCCUGGACCAGGACCAGCAGGAGGCAGCCCGGGCAGCUCUGCAGGGCGGAGGACCCCCCUACGGCUCCCCGUCGACGUGGUCGGUCUCCACCCUGGACGCCCUGCAGGGCCUGCUGCCCGCGCUGGGCCCGGACAUCAUCCGCAGCAUCCCCAAGGGCGUCAUGACCGCAUGGCUGCAGCGCACCUACAGGAACCCGCUCUGGCGCCGGCCCGAACUGACCAUGGUCCUCCCGAGGUUCCGCCGGGACGCAGAGAACAUGACCUGCCCCCCGGGGCGGGAGGCCCGCGUGGUGGAUGAAAGCCUCAUCUUCUACAAGGAGUGGGAGCUGGAGGCCUGUGUGGACGGGGCCCUGCUGGCCGCCCAGAUGGACCGCGUGAACGCCAUCCCCUUCACCUAUGAGCAGCUCAACAUUUUUAAGCGCAAAUUGGACAAGAUCUACCCGCAAGGCUACCCUGAAUCCCUCAUCCGGCAGCUGGGCUACUUCUUCCUGACGAUGAGCCCCCGGGACAUCCGCAAGUGGAACGUGACAUCCCCGCACACCGUGAGCACACUGCUCAGCAUCAGCAAGGGGAGGAACACGGACGCCCAGGUGGCCGCCCUGAUUGCACAAUAUGUGUCGGGAGGUGGCCAGCUGCACAGGGACACCCUGGACGCCCUGGCGGCCUUCCGCCCCACCUACCUGUGCUCCUUCAGCCCCGAGCAGCUGGGCGCCGUGCCCACCAGCGUCCUCUGGGCGGUCGAGCCCCAGGACCUGGACAUGUGCAGCGCAAGGCAGCUGGGCGUCCUGUACCCCAAGGCCCGCCUGGCCUUCCGGAACAUGAGCGGGGCUGCAUACUUGGUGAAGAUCCGGUCCUUCCUGGGCGGGGCCUCCACGGAGGACCUGCGGGCGCUCAGUCGACGGAACGUGAGCAUGGACGUGGCCACCUUUAAGAAGCUGCAGACGGAGGCCGUGGUGGGGCUGGCGGUGCCCGAGGUGCAGAGACUCCUGGGGCCGCACGUCGGGGGCCUGGCGGCCGAGCAGAAGAGCAGCCCAGUGUGGGACUGGAUCCUGCGGCAGCGGCAGGACGACCUGGACGCCAUGGGGCUGGGGCUCCGGGGCGGCGUCCCCAACGGCUACCUGGUCCUGGACCUCGGGGGGCGGCGCCGGCAGGUGGGGGCGGGCAGGCCUGACCCCCCGUCUCUCCCGGGGGCCCUCUCGGGGGGGCGCCGCCUGCUCGGCCCCUUCCCUGUGCUCUCCGCCACCCUGACGCUGCUCCCGGCUCUGGCCCUGCGCUGA